CGAAGACGCGGAGCUCGGUCCGAGCUGAGGCCAUGGCGGGCUGCGCGGCAGCGCUGUCGAGCUGCUUCUUCGAGUACGACACGCCGCGCAUCGUGCUCAUACGCAGCCGCAAAGUGGGGCUCAUGAACCGCGCCGUGCAGCUGCUCAUCCUCGCCUACGUCAUUGGGUGGGUGUUUGUGUGGGAAAAAGGCUACCAAGAGACAGACUCAGUUGUCAGCUCUGUUACCACAAAGGUGAAAGGCGUGGCCUUGACCAAUACGUCUGGACUGGGGCUCCAGGUCUGGGAUGUAGCAGAUUACGUGAUCCCACCUCAGCAGGAGAACACGCUGUUUGUCAUGACCAACAUAAUUGCUACCUUGAAUCAGAGACAGAGCACCUGUGCUGAGCUUCCAGGUGCUAAAACUGUGUGUACAUCAGACGAUAACUGUACUUUUGGCUCCAUUGAUGUCCACCUCAGUGGAGUGACAACUGGAAAAUGUGUACACUAUAACGCUCACGUGAAGACGUGUGAGGUGCUUGCUUGGUGUCCAGUGGAGAAUGACACUUACGUGCCCCGACCCGCCUUUCUGAGGGCCGCAGAGAACUUCACCCUCUUGAUUAAGAACCACAUCUGGUAUCCCAAGUUUAAUUUCACCAAGAGGAAUAUCCUUCCCAACACCAAUGCCACCUACCUCAAGUCAUGCAUCUAUGAUGCCAAGACAAACCCGUUCUGCCCCAUAUUCCGUCUUGGCCAAAUAGUGGAAAGUGCAGGACACAGCUUCCAGCACGUGGCCGUGGAGGGAGGCAUCAUGGGCAUUCAGAUCAACUGGGACUGCAACCUGGACCGAUCCGCCUCUCACUGCGUACCAAAGUAUUCCUUUCGCCGCCUUGACAACCAGGACUCUGACCACACUGUCUCCCCUGGCUAUAACUUCAGGUUUGCCAAAUACUAUAAGGAUGCAAAUGGCACCGAGGUCCGGACGCUCAUCAAGGCCUACGGCAUCCGUUUUGACGUCAUCAUCUUUGGAAAGGCUGGGAAAUUCAACAUCAUCCCUACCAUGAUAAACAUUGGCUCUGGAUUGGCGCUGCUUGGAGUGGCCACAGUCCUGUGUGAUAUUAUAGUCCUGUAUUUGAUGAAAAAGAGGUUUUACUACCGAGAGAAAAAAUACAAAUAUGUAGAAGACUACGACCAGGGGCUCACGGAACCAUUUAGAACUGAAUGACAUAGUCCCGUGGCGUCCUGGACCGAUUCGGCCCUAUCCUUGCACUGCCCUAGGAGUUCUCACCUCGGCAGAAUGCCAAGGAGGGAAAAAUCAGCUGCCAUCGUGGAGAAGGCUGGUCCUCUUCCUGAGGCCUCGACACACUGCCUCCUUCUGCAUCUCCAAGAUUGCUGUCCUAAGGGUAACAUGAUGGAUGUUCAUUUGCCCAGUAAAUGGGUUGUUAAUUGGUCUUGUUUUGCUGCUCAGGGUUGACAUUCCUUUCUGUGGUAACAGUCUGAAAGCUGUUGGCCCUAUCCAAGCACAGUAACAUCAAUGCAUCUCAUGGGACUUUGAAUAAUCCUUUUCAAUGCUUUCUUUCCUCCAAAGCUUUGAGCUACCUUAGCCUCUAAAAAAGGCCCCAUUCUCCCAGCUUUUGACAACAAUAUCUCUUAAUCUGAACACACAAGUUUAAAUACUUUUGAGGGAAAGACCACUUGAGAUCACCCAAGAUUAGAGGGUCCCUUGAGCUCUUCACAGUUCGCUUGUUUCCUAGGAGCCAGAGAAACCAUCCAUGCUAUUAUGAUUUAUAUUUAGGAAUAUUUUUCCUUGUUCUGAUUCCUUUAUAACUAAAGACCUGAAGAAAUAAAAUGUGAUCUAUUUUAUCA